AUGUCUUGGCGAUGCAGACGAGCUCUGCCGGCCUUCUUCGCUGCAGCAGCAUGCGUAGCCUGCAUAGCGAUGUCGCCUGACACUGCAUUUGUAAUGCCAAGAGGUCCACAAGGCCUGAGGCAAGGCCUGAGGCCAGCCAGUUCUUCGUGGGUUCCACGGGUUCGGCUUUCAGGGGUUUCCGUUGAGAGCAUGGAGAAGCACCCGCGACUUCCAGUGUGGCCGGCUUGGUUUGGAAUUGUGUACAUUCUCUUGGACCUGUUGGUCGGGAAGCCAAAUGUGGGAGCAUGGCUGGAAGACCGGUUUGGCGGCCGUGUUUGCCCCAUGAUCUUUCGAGACACUGCAGCGUCCGACCCAUUCCUACUAGUAGCGCACCAUCGACAUUCCUUCAACGCUUUUGAUCCGUUUCGCUACCUUUUCCGCUUCUUGCUGCCAGAAGGUUUCCCAGCCCAUCCGCAUCGUGGAUUUGAGACCGUGACCUAUGUACUUCGCGGUGGGCUUGUGCAUCGUGAUUCCUUGGGUGUCAAGAAGUCGUACGGUGCCCCCAAGGAUUCAGAUGGAAGCGGUGAGGAUGCUGCCGUGCAGUGGAUGACUGCAGGAAGUGGAAUCCUACAUGAAGAGAUGUGGCGAACGGGGGAUGUGUGGGAAAGCUCGGAUCAGGAACUGUUCCAGAUCUGGGUAAACCUUCCACAGACUGACAAGUAUGCCAGCCCAAGAAUGCAAAUGCUUGGGAGACCCGACUCUGAAAACAGCCUUUCCGCUGCUAAACUUGGGGGAAUGCUGACUGAAGUUCAUGAACGCGGCCCUGUGCCUACUGUAAAGCCCGUGCCUGGGGUCUCAAUACGGAUCAUUGCGGGUGAGGCUGACGGAGUUCGCAGUCCCGUGGAGACUUUCUCGGAUCUGGCGAUCCUGCACGUGACCCUUCAACCUGGAGCAGUGUGGACCUGGCCGAAGCCUGCUUCAUGGAGCUGCCUCCUCUACACACGCAAAGGGGAGGCAGUCCUGCAAAGCAAUCAGCCGGAGGUCCUCCCGGUCCAUCACACUGCAACCUUGGCCCGAUCGGAAGCACAGGAGGAUCUCACCAUUACAGUAGACUCCAAGGCUGAGGUUUCAGAGGUCUUGAUCCUGGCUGGAGCACCCCUGCGAGAGCCAGUGGCCAUGGGCUCUAACAUCAUCAUGAAUUCCGAUGCGGAAUUGGCCCUAGCAAACCGCGACUUGCGGCGCGGCUUUUUUGGCCCUAGCUGGGCUCAUACGGAUGACGAUGCUACCUGGCUGACUGCAGUCACAGAUCACUGGGGCCGAAUGGCAGACAGUCUCAGACGCUAA